CUGAACGAAAUACGAUGACCUCACCCAAGACAGCGCACUAGUGUUCAAGAACCGCCAGAGCUGCCCCUCGGCGAGGGAUUGACUCGGCGUCGCCGGGAGACCUGCCGCCAUGGAGUGGGGUCUGGCCGACCCGCGGCUGGCCCGCUCGGCCUCGCUGCCCUCUCUGGUGGGCGGCGGGCUGAGCUGCGUCGGGCUCGACUCGGGACUGGACUCGGAGGCGGCCAGCGAGGCGGGGGGCUGUCGGCGGCCGGCGCGGCCCUGCUCGCGGCGAACCGUCACCGCCACCAUGGCGCAGAACUACUACCCGGAGGGCGGCUGGGGCUGGGUGGUAGUGCUCUGCCACGCGCUCUCCAACCUACUGGUGCACGGCCUGCAGGGCAGCUACGGCGUGCUGGCCGGACCGGCCCAGCAGGAGUUCAGGCCCACGGCCGCCGCCCUCGUUUACGGGUACUGA